UAAGAUAUAUCAUUAAAAAGUUCUGAGAUGUCACCGUGCAGCUUAGGAGGGAGUUUACCAAGAGUAAAGUCAUCUCCGGGAGGCCCUCAAGGCUGAUCCUUCUCCUUUGCUUCUCACAGGGCAUGCAAAAACCCUCAGAGGCAGCGCGUCGCUGCUCCAGCCUGUGCCGUCGAUUGCUCACAAUCACCUUCGCCCUGCUCAUCCUGGGCCUCAUGACCUGGGCCUACUCCACGGGAGUACCUCUGGCAUCUGAUCGAUAUGGCCUCCUUGCCUUUGGCCUCUAUGGGGCGUUCCUCAGUGCGCACUUGGUGGCACAGAGCCUCUUUGCUUACCUGGAGCACCGGAGGGUGGCGGCUGCUGCGCAGCGAGCCAAGGCGAAAGGACCACUGGACACGGCCACAGCACGUAGCGUGGCGCUCACCAUCCGCCUACCGGAGGACCCCGCGUACCUGCGCCAGUGCUUGACAUCGGCACGUUCCCUGCUGUACCCGCGCGCGCGGCUGCGUGUCCUUAUGGUGGUGGACGGCAACCGUGCAGAGGAUCUGUACAUGGUGGACAUGUUCCGAGAAGUUUUCGCGGAGGAGAACCCUGCAACCUAUGUGUGGGACGGCAACUACCACCAGCCCUGGGAGCCCGCAAGCACAGUGGGUGAGGGUUCCUACCGCGAGGUGGAAGCAGAGGACCCCGGGCGGCUGGUGGUGGAAGCACUGGUGAGGACGAACAGGUGCGUGUGCGUGGCGCAGCGCUGGGGCGGCAAGCGCGAGGUCAUGUACACAGCAUUCAAAGCACUAGGAGACUCCGUGGAUUACGUACAGGUCUGUGACUCAGACACAAGACUAGACCCCAUGGCACUGCUGGAGCUUGUGCAGGUGCUGGAUGAGGACCCCCGGGUGGGGGCUGUUGGAGGAGACGUGAGGAUCCUGAACCCUCUGGACUCCUGGGUCAGCUUCCUGAGCAGCCUGAGAUACUGGGUAGCCUUCAACGUGGAGCGAGCUUGUCAGAGCUACUUCCACUGCGUGUCCUGCAUCAGUGGUCCUCUGGGCCUAUACAGGAACAAUCUCCUGCAGCAGUUCCUGGAGGCCUGGUACAACCAGAAGUUCCUGGGCACCCACUGCACUUUUGGGGAUGACAGGCACCUCACCAACCGCAUGCUCAGCAUGGGCUAUGCUACCAAGUAUACCUCACGGUCCAGAUGCUACUCAGAGACUCCUUCCUCCUUUCUUCGCUGGCUGAGCCAGCAGACCCGCUGGUCCAAGUCUUACUUCCGAGAGUGGCUAUAUAACGCCCUGUGGUGGCACCGCCACCAUGCGUGGAUGACCUAUGAAGCGGUAGUCUCAGGCCUCUUCCCUUUCUUCGUGGCUGCCACGGUGCUGCGUCUUUUCUACGCUGGGCGCCCGUGGGCUCUACUCUGGGUGCUGCUGUGCGUGCAGGGCGUGGCAUUGGCCAAGGCGGCCUUUGCAGCCUGGCUCCGUGGCUGCCUGCGUAUGGUGCUGUUGUCACUCUAUGCGCCACUCUACAUGUGUGGCUUGCUGCCCGCCAAGUUCCUGGCGUUAGUCACCAUGAAUCAAAGUGGCUGGGGCACCUCGGGGCGGAAGAAGCUGGCUGCUAACUAUGUCCCGGUGCUACCCUUGGCACUCUGGGCUCUACUGUUGCUUGGAGGUCUGGCCCGCAGUGUGGCCCAGGAGGCCAGCGCCGACUGGAGCGGCCCAUCCCGGGCAGCUGAGGCCUACCACCUCGCUGCUGGGGCAGGCGCCUAUGUGACCUACUGGGUGGUAAUGUUGACUAUCUAUUGGGUGGGUGUGAGGAGGCUAUGCCGACGUCGGAGCGGUGGCUACCGUGUUCAGGUAUGAAAUCUGGCCAUGAAGACGCCAUGCCCACUGAGUGCUAUAGGGUAGUCAACAGACGUCCUGCGGGGUAGCCUCUGGAGUCAUGGAAUUCAUGGGGACCCCCUGGCCUCAGUUUAUUUUCUCUUUGAAAUGAGGGAAUCAUCCAAGAUUUCUUCAGUCUGGACUUCAGUAUUGCAAAUCAGACUUCUGGGUCUCUGGGAAGGGGUAAUUUAUUGAUCAGGGUGUGGGUUUGUAGAACCAGGGCCAGAAGGUCACCCAUUUCUCCCUGUUGCUAUUUAAUGUUUGUACAGUGAUUAAGCUAUAAUAAAAAAUUUUUAAU